UCGAAGGCAGAAGUGAAGUAGAAGCCAUUACUCUCAGGGAGCUAUUGUCGUAAGUCACACGUAUGAAAGAAUGGUUGGGGUUUCUCCUGUGUUUGGCCGGGACCCUUCGGUUCCCCGAAGCGUUCUGAAGCGUUCGGGGCCUUUCCGUGAACUUCUAGUUCUUCCGCCUUAGCCGCGGAUACUUCCGCUUCCUGGAUGCCACCCUCAGUCGGGCUCAUUCCAGCCAUCUUCCUAAAACAUGUCAGAGGCUUUUUUCCUCUAAACUCUGGAAUAUUUUGGGUUGAUAACCUGUCUGAUUAUGAGUCAAGAGGAAAUGUCAAGAAACAAAAUUCAGUGUUUUCCUCACUAAGUAAGAGAGACAGCCUUUGAAGACCCCCUUGUGGCACUUGUUGGCUUAGGAAAGCAGUGCUUCUUCGAGCAUUCCCACAUUCAGCUAAGAUUACCUGCCCCACAAAUGGCUACCAUCAGUCUAUCUCCCAAGUUUGCUAUGUCCUCUCUGGACUCUGCAGAAAACCAGGAAUCAGAAUUUCCUCUUCUGUCAAAAUAUGAUUCUUGUCAGCAGAAUUUGGGUUUGUUUGCUUGCCAUGCUCCAGAGCCUGAUACACCGGUUCGUGUUUCUUCUCAGGAGUCUGUGACAUUUCAAGAUAUUGCUGUGGACUUUACUGAAAAAGAGUGGCCCCUGCUAGAUUCUUCCCAGAGAAAACUGUACAAAGAUGUAAUGCUGGAGAAUUAUAACAAUCUAAGUUCACUGGGUUAUAAGAUUGGCAAACCCCGCCUCAUCUCACACCUAGAGCAAGAAGAGGAUCUGAGAAUGGAAGAGAGAGGUGUUCAGCAGGGUCCUUCUCCAGAUUGGGGAACUACAUCAAAAAUCGAAUGGUCUAUUCUUAUGGAAGAUAUUUUUGGAAAGGAUACAUCUGAUGAUGUAAGAUUGGAAACAUCUCAUCUUUUGGAGACAUCAUCUGAAUUCACCGAUUUGUUUGAAGUCUUUGAUAUUGGCCCUCACCUUACUCAGCCAGUAGGCAGGCCCACAAACAAGAGACCUUAUCAGAACUGUGGAGCUGCUUUCAGGACUCAGCAUAUGAGCAUAAAUAAUGGGAGAAAACUGCAUGAAUGUUACCAGUGCCAGAAAGCCUUCACCACCAGUGCUUCUCUUACAAGGCACCAUAGAAUUCACACUGGGGAGAAGCCUUAUGAGUGCAGCAGCUGUGGAAAAGCCUUCAAUGACCCCUCAGCUCUAAGGAGCCACACAAGAAUUCACCUGAAAAAAAAGCCCUUCGACUGUAGUCAGUGUGCUAAUGCCUUCCGGACCUUCUCUGCUCUGAAGAUACACAUGCGAGUUCACACUGGUGAAAGACCCUACAAAUGUGAUGAGUGUGGCAAAGCCUAUGGCAGGAGCUGCCAUCUCAUUGCCCACAAGCGAACACAUACUGGAGAAAGGCCCUAUGAGUGCCAGGACUGUGGAAAAACCUUCCAGCACCCCUCCCACCUGAAGGAACACGUCCGAAACCAUACUGGGGAAAAGCCUUAUGAGUGUACACAGUGUGGCAAAACCUUCCGAUGGAAGUCCAACUUCAAUCUGCAUAAGAAGAACCACAUGGUGGAAAAAACCUAUGAGUGCAAAGAAUGUGGGAAAUCCUUCAGUGACCUCCUAUCAAGAAGGAAACACAUGAGGAUUCAUAUUGUAAAGAAACCAGCCGAGUGUCGUCAGUGUGGGAAAACCUUUCGAAACCAGUCCAUCCUGAAAACACACAUGAACUCUCACACUGGGGAGAAACCUUAUGGCUGUGAACUCUGUGGCAAAGCCUUCAGUGCUAGUUCCAACCUCACUGCACACAGGAAGAUUCACACUCAAGAGAGACGCUAUGAAUGUACUUCUUGUGGGAAGGUCUUUGGUGAUUACCUCUCACGAAGGAGGCACAUGAGCAUCCAUCUUGUCAAGAAGCGGGUGGAUUGUAGGCAGUGUGGAAAAGCCUUCAGGAACCAAUCCACUCUGAAGACACACAUGAGAAGCCACACAGGUGAGAAGCCAUACGAGUGUGACCAUUGUGGAAAAGCUUUCAGCAUAGGAUCCAACCUUAAUGUACAUCGGAGGAUCCAUACUGGGGAAAAGCCUUAUGAAUGUCUUAUUUGUGGAAAAGCCUUCAGUGACCAUUCAUCCCUUAGGAGUCAUGUGAAAACCCCGGGGGAGAAGCUCUUUACACCAUCUGUGUGGGAAGGGGUUCAGUGAAUACUCAGAUGCAGAGGAAACCUGGCAAACAUAAGUAGUCAAAAAUCUUUCAUAACCUCUCCACAUAGAGAAUGCAAAAGAUCUCAUGGAACUUCAGAGUAAUCCAGUUUGUAGAAAGAUUGGGAAGACCUAACUUGUUAUUCAGCAAUUGGAAUCUCUAGGAGGACCUAGGGACUGGGAAAAAUUUGUAUUGAGUAGCAAGAAACUUUCAACAUACAUCAUGCUCCCAAACACACAAGAACUUAGGCAGAGGGUCUUCAGCCUGGGCAUUUACUGUUAAAGUCAGCAACAUUUUGUGAGCACAUCAAAAUGAAUCCUAUCAAUACAGUGAUUAGGAAAAUCUUUCCUCAUCUCACAUUUGUUCCUCCUGAAAAAAAUCAGAGUAAAGAAAAAAAAAAUCUCAGAAGUAAGAAACAUGGAAAAAUGCAUUUAAAAGUGGAUAGCAAACUGGCCAGUUCUUUGUUGGUGUUGGCUCACAAGCCAAGAUGCUGCUUCUUUUUAAAAAGAAAAAUCUGGCAGAGGCAGUACAUGGUACUCAAAUUCUAGUAUACAUGCUGUUUAUAAAAAUCUUCUUUUAAAGUUUUGGUCAGUAGCAUUGUCUUUCAACCUGGAGCAGUUAUGCUUUCCAUACUGGGGAAAUUGUUAUUCAGCAAUUGGAAUCUCUAGGAGAACCUAGGGACUGGGAAAAAUUUGUAUUGAGUAGCAAGAAACUUUCAACAUACAUCAUGCUCCCAAACACACAAGAACUUAGGCAGAGGGUCUUCAGCCUAGGCAUUUACUGUUAAAGUCAGCAACAUUUUGUGAGCACAUCAAAGUGAAUCCUAUCAAUACAGUGAUUAGGAAAAUCUUUCCUCAUCUCACAUUUGUCAGUGUCUGGGAAGGUUUUGCUUUUGAGAAUGGAGGGAGAUGUGCUACUGACAUAGAAAGAUAACAUCACAGAUACUAUAAAAUAGCCUAUGAUAUAAAGAAGUCUUCUACAGCAAGGAAUUAUGUGUACUACUCUAAAAGUACUGAGUUUGAGAAUAAUCUCAUUCAUUCAAUGUUUAUUGGGAUUCCUGUGAACACUCACAUUAGAAAUGUUUUACAGCUUUUUAAAAGAAAAACUACAAUGCAUUUCUCUCUGAAAAUGUCUGAAAACUUACACUGCUGAUAAAUCUCUAUGAAAAUAAUUUCAGCCACAGUCCCCUGGUGUAUGAAUGUGGGGUUGUAUUUACAAAACUUUUUUGAUGACAACUGACUCAAGAUCUUUAGUUUUCUUGAUUUUUUUUUUUUUUUAGGGUUAUGGUUCUCUGAAUAACUCUUAUUCCUCAUCAUAAAUAAUUGAAUAUAGUAUUUUUUUUAUUAUAGCUUUGCAAAUUAUAUCUUUAUUUCACUUUAGUAACCUUAUCCUGAGCCGUGUCUUAUUUAGAAUUGUGUGAUGGUUUGUACUGGGUAACAUGGGUAUUUUUGAGUACGUGUCAUAUGCAUUGUGGUCAAAGCAUGAAGCUUCCUAGCAGAUCCUUCAACUGGUUUUGGCUUUCUUCCCAAAAGAAUAACAAAGACCUAUAGGAUUCCCCAUAUCUAUUUAAACUUCUAUAGCAGAAGAGUCACUGUUUUAUCUGAUUAUCAAAUAGUGCCACUAUAAGAAAUCAUUUUCAGUUUUUCAUGCAACUUUUAUUCUUUACAUGCCAUGACUCUGGCCAUUGACUUAUAAACAGAGAUACGUGUGUGGCAUUCUGAGAAAAGCUCUUGGAAAAUUGUCUGAUUUUUGUUUUUUUAUUCAUUUUGUGACCCUGAAGAUGAAAACCACAGUCUAAAGAGGACAGAAUAGAGAAGUCCGAGUGAUCCUAGUCUGUAUUGUGGCUUCUGAAAGAGUUUACAUUGAUAAUUUAUUGAGUAGACUUUCUGUUCCCUGAGAAAACAGUAAAAUUGAUUACAAGUUUACAGUGGGACUGAUAUUUGUUUCCCUGUUUGCUUUAUUGGUUGAAAGUGAGUUUCUUCUCCUGUUGGACGCUGUCCAAAACUGAUAGACCCCUUUCUCUGAAAAGCUAAUCACUGCUAACUUUAUGUACAGGUUUAGUGAGUAUCAUAUUAGACACAGUUUUAUAAGUACUUUAAAUCAAGUAUUCAUGUGACAUUUUAAGUUGAUGUGUUGUGCUUUUGGCAGCCAUACGUAGAUACACUCCAGGUUACUGUAGGAGUGCAUCCCAAUAAACCCAUCAUUAGUCAGAAACAGAGUUACAACCGCAGUCCAUCCUAAGACUUCUGGUAUGUUUGUGCCUGGGGAUGGAGGCCAGAAUAUCUCUGAUACCACGUGGACAUGAAUCCACACUAUGCUUUUGGGCUCAGAAUACAAGCACGUAUACAUAGCAACACAAUGAUAAAAGCUCUGAGGAAAGGCAAUGUAAGGGUUUACAUCUAAAGAUCUAGGAUGUUAGAUCUCUGCUAUGGGUAGUUAGUAGAUAUGCCUGGCUGGCUUGCCUUUUCAGGAAACAGGGUUACACAUAAGUCCUCAGCAAAUAACUGCGUUUCAGCUUCAUAGUUUUUUUGCCCCUGCCCCCACCACCAAAACAAACAAAAACCAAGCUUCAGUUUAAGCAAUGUCUGGUCUUUCAAUUUUGCAUCACCAGCUGUUUUGAUUUCCAAAUAAAAGCCAAUUUUAAAUGAGUUUAGUGGGCAUCUCAAAUAAAUAUGCAAACCUUUCAGACAAAUUCUAACCUUGGACCUUGAUAAUUAUCUCCACUAAAAUGGUCAUUAUUAAAAUAUGAUAGGAAGAAA